AUAGUCGGGGGCAACAUUUGGUUAAAAGAACACUGCUGACAGCACUAUCAUUCGCUUUAGUCGCAUUGCUUACUAUUCAUAUGAGCUGUGUUGGAAAAAAUAGCAAAUUCCCUGCCAUAUUGCCAGGUCGGCCCGUUCACCCGCCGUCUGCCGACCCGUCAGGCCAUACCUAUUGGGCCACCAUUCUCUUCGGUCGCUUGUACCCCGUGUGUUUGUUGUAGUUAUUUUCGUUUUAGUUGCCGUAGUUAUGUUUGAAUUCAGUCUUCUGGCGGUUGGCUUGUUUUUGUGAAAUGGUUAUGUGUGCCGCUUGCGGUUCGUUGGCGGUAUAAAAGCGUUCGACUCGUUGAUUUUCUUUUGAGUACGACGCUGUUACGCUGGGGAUUGGUGCAAGUGCAAAUUCGAUUUUUCAUUUAAAUACGAAAAUCAGUUAGUGUAUUUGUAGUGCACCAUCAUUAAGCAAUUACAAAAACAAUAAAAACAAAAAUAAAUAAAUAUUUUUAGAGAUUUGCAAAAUAUUGCGUGAAGCCAAAAAUAAGUUAGAGCAAAAAAAGUGUUUGGCAAAUAUAACUGUACUAAACGAAAGUACUCCGAGAGACUGAAAGUAUUUAACAAAUUUCAAGCAACUAAUGGUGCCUUUGGUUUAAGCCACACGGCCGAUUAAUUGGAUUACAAAUCAACGGAGCCAAAAUGAAUAAGUUGCUCAUAUUCAGUUGUCUCAUUUUGGGCACACAAAUCCAACAAUCGUACCAACAACAAGACUACACGACACCAGUGCCGAUAUUGAAACAGAUCGAUCGCCACAACGACGAUGGUUCAUAUACAUAUGGCUACGAAGCAGCGGAUAGGAGUUUUAAAAUCGAAACGAAGUACCCGAGCGGCGAGGUAUUUGGCAAAUAUGGCUACUUAGAUGAUCAGGGAAAGUUGCGUGAGAUCGAGUAUGGCGCUAGUAAGCGUGGUUUCGAACCUGCUGGCAGCGACAUUAAUGUGCCACCGCCCACGCUUACGAACAACAAUCCCUAUCCGUUAGGUCCGAACGAAAUCGACGAUGGUCAGUACCGUGAAGAUCCCGCUGUCUACUAUAAAGAUCAAAAGUUCAACCGUCCUGCGGUGGCUCCAAGCAGAUUUAGUUUGGAUAAUUUGCAUCAACCACAAAGACCGCAGUACAAUCCACCUCCACCUCCGCCACAGUACUACAAUCCGCCACCACCACCGCAACCACGCUAUCAACAAUUAGGAUUCCAGCAUCAACCACCGCAAUUCCGACAACCACCACCUCCACCACCGCCACCACAACCACGUUAUCAGCCACAGUAUCAACCACAGUAUCAACAGCGCUCAUAUCAGCCGCAACCGCAGUCGCAGUACCCAUAUGGCAGUUUGCCGCAACAUCACCAUCCGGCGCUAAAGAAUCUCGAUAUCUGGAGCGGUUCGUAUAGCAUUGAUUACACGGGCAGACGCAAGUAGAAGGUUAGCAUGCGUACUAGAAUGUGGGUGGUUUGCCCUUGCUGAAAAGUCAUGGUAAAGCUUGUGGUUUUUGUUGCGUAUGCCGUGUCGUGUGAAGUGGAACGAGUUGUGGCGUGAGCGUUGAGAUCGUCAUCAUUAAGACUUGUACUGAUUUCGUGGAACAACUCAAUCAGUUACUAAGAAUUUUUACAUGUAAAUAUUAUAUGUUUGUAGUACUUUAAUAACGCCUAUUAGUUAGUGAAGGCGAACGAGUCGAAAUAUAUGUAUAUAUAUAUUUAUCUAUCUUUUUAUACUUUAUAAUAAUUGAUUUAAGUGCAAAACAUAACCAUAGAGAGGAGAGUUGGAAAUUUGAAAAUAAAUAUACAAAUUUCGAAGUCAA